AUGGAUACUACCCUCUGUCCGUACAGCUCUGAUCAAUUGAAAGCAUCUACAGCGACUCAUCAGACUUCCACCUGGCCAUCUUCAGCCACGAAUGAGCCUCAGGCUUUGCUUCUCCCACCUGCUCAGACAGUGGAUGCGCAAUCUUUCCCUCCUGGACCAGGAACUGAAGAUAUCUAUUCAUGGGAGGCAAAUAUCGAUAAUCGCAGCAACUCUACUCCAUUCUUCCCCCUCGACCCCAAUUUCUUGUCCAUGGAUUGGAGCAACCCUUCUCUAUUCAUGUUCCCACCUACAAGUGACACUCCCUCCUUUCCAGCGCCCUCGCUUCCAGCGUUCAUGUUCCCACCUACAAGUGACACUCCCUCCUUUCCAGCACCCUCGCUUCCAGCAUUCACGUUCCCACCUACAAGUGACACUCCCUCCCUUCCAGCACACAAUUCCAUCAAUUCAACAUGGAACGACCCUUCUCCAUUCAUGUUUGCACCUGCAGAUGGCCCUCCCUCCCUUCCAGCACAUGAUUCAGCAGCUCUACCUUCAGAUUGUGAUACCUCCCACUCGCAAGUCACCUCUCCUGACGAGGCCCAGGAAGGCAUUCAAAACAUGGACCUGCAGCUCCAUAAGCGAGGUGAUGACUCGACUUGGGCUGCGCGCAACCCCGGUCAUCCAGUUAUCCCUACCCGUCUCAAGGGUGCACCUUUGACACAGGCAGAAAAAUGCCCUCAAGGCAGCCCAACGGAAAAAAAUUUCCUUGACAACCAGGACAAAAAAAUGAAGGAUAUUGGUGCAUUGCACAGCGUUACUGAGGCCCACGUCAAGAAACUGAUCACCUACCACACACACUACAAGAAGUCCCGCGGACCUCAACUCUUCAAUGCACUGGUUCAUGCUAAGAACCAGGAGGUCAAUGGAGCUCGUCUGGUCAGAAGCAAGUUGAAGAUACAGGAGAUUCGCCAGAUGGUGACAUCUGAUCCAUCCAUGCAGAAAGAGAAUUUGACCGACGGAGAGAUCAAAGAAUAUAUAGCUCAGCUCCAGGAGCAUCAGUCGCUCAAAACCGGUGGUUUGCACAGCAAUAACAUAGCUGCAGCACGAGAUGUUAAUGCUACUACUGACAGAAUUCGACGAGAGCUUGAUGGGUUAUGCGAGCGAUGUGGCACCUACACCACAUUCUUUAUUGCAGGAGGGCACGUAAACGAUCAGACACCAGCAACAUGGUAUGCGACGGAUGAUGCUGCAGACUUUUGGGAAGAUGUCUUGGACCUCAUGUUGAAUGAUGUUGCGCGCAAGUUUGAACAAUGGGCAUGUAGCCAGGGCAAAAGCCAAAUGAUGGGCAAGGACAACAUUGGCAUGAAUUACCCAAACUACAUCAAAUCAAUUGUCCUAUCCUACAGUAUAGUCCUCAAUGGCUGGCCUGCAACUAUUCCUUUCACAUCGCCCUGGAAUAUCCAUACUGUCUGCGAAAUACGGGAGUUGUGUGAUGCUCUUAAGGCUGGGACUUGCGCUUGGAAGAGAUUGACAAAGACCGAGCUCGAAAAGUAUAAGGAGGAUCUUGAGCGACGUCGAGCAGCAGGAGAAACGGUUGGCAAACCUCGCAAGAAGAGCUCCAACUCGGGGACAUCUCACAAAUGCAAGAACACGCAGCGAGAGGACACUGAAGGUGAGCGUCCUGCGAAGAAGUUGAGGAGGUCCAACAAGACAGGAAAGGUGUCAUGUCCGGAACCAAAGAGUCGCAAGAUUAUCGAGAGCAGCGAUGAAGAGGCUUCCGUCAAUGGAGAAGACCUGGAUUAG